CUCUAUGGGUUUUAAAGCUCUGGUGGAGGGGGUGUGUGUUUUGUAAUAUAGGAUAUCAUUGGUUCAGCCAGAGUGAGCGAGAAGUAUGGCUGGCAGCCUACAAAUGGCAGCCGGCGGAGAGCAUGGGAAUAAAGUGAUGAAGAAGUCGGAGCCCAUGCCUGAGUUCGAGUUCCCUGAAGACGGCGAUCUGGGCUUUGACGAAUCGGAUUCUCCUUUGGAACUUCAAUUGCUCAAAGGCCAACGACGGUUCCCGAAUGUGACAACAGUCCCCAACCAGCUCCUCCUUGUGUCUAUGGUGGAACAUCUGUGCUACGUUCAUGAGCAGAAUCCCCAGCGUGCCAAGCACCUGUUUAAAUUGCUGUGCCACACUUUCACCAGGAUGGGCCUGUUAACCCCUUUUGCCUUCAGCGAUGAGUUCAGCACAGUGAGACUACAGCACAGCACCGCUAUCACUGAAAUGCUUAAGGCAGCCAAACGUCACAUGUACACAGAGGAAAUAACAAAUGGGGAUUUGAGUUUUCACGUAAGCAGGGCUAAGAAAAUGCUGUCCGAAACCCAAACCUCUCGCUACCUCAAUGAAUUUGAUGAAAUUGUUCAACUCGGGAAAGGAGGAUACGGGAAGGUUUAUAAGGUGAGAAACAAACUUGACGGGCAGUUUUAUGCAAUCAAAAAAAUACUCAUUAAGAAAGUGUCCCGCAGAGACUGCAAAAAGGUCCUUCGAGAAGUAAAGGUUUUAGCGGGACUACAGCACCCAAAUAUUGUUGGUUACCAUACAGCUUGGAUGGAACACGUUCAGCCUCCAAAUUCACAAUGCAAGCUGCUGAAAGUUAUUAAAGGUUCUUCCGAUAACAAAGCUGAGCAGGACAUGAAAGGGGUACAAAGUGUGGAGAGCAGCGGCUCCUUUAUUACAUUUGAGGAUUCUGUUGAAGGGGAUCCAGGUGAACAAACUGGUUCUGAAAGUGUCAAUAUGUCUCUGUCCUCACUUAAUAAGCGGGAACACUCCAUUGAAAAUGCUGCUAACAAUUACAGAAAAGACUCCAAUACAAAUGUCACCAGAAAAACAAGGGUUUGUCAUAAAAGCUACCAAAGUCCAGGCUUGUGUCAGCGCGAUGAGUGUCCCUUCAAUUCAGAGGAAGAUGUUGAUAAAAGUGAUUCGUCGUGUGAUGAAGAAUGUCCACAGAAGGAUUUGUGCUUGCACAGGCAUUUUGAGAUACAAUAUCAUCUCAUGCUGCACAUCCAGAUGAAACUCUGUGAAAAGUCUCUAUGGGACUGGAUUGUAGAAAGAAAUAAUCAUUUCCAGGAAAGUGGGAAUUCAAAUCCCUAUGAUUUUGUGGAUGUCCGGAUCACAACAAGGAUACUGUACCAGAUCUUAGAAGGGGUCCGCUAUGUUCAUUCCAUGGGGGUCCUGCACAGAGAUCUCAAGCCAAGAAAUGUUUUCUUACAUGGCGCAGACCUGCAUGUACGCAUUGGAGAUUUUGGACUUGCAUGUAGAGACAUCAUUCAGAAAUCUAGAGAUUCCUGGUUAAACAAAGAUGGAUCCAAAGGAGCAACGCACACAACAGGGGUAGGAACUUGCCUCUAUGCAGCACCUGAACAAUUAAAAGGAUCUCGCUAUGACUUUAAGUCUGAUAUGUACAGUAUUGGCAUCAUUCUGUUGGAGCUUUUCCAGCCAUUUGGAACAGAGAUGGAAAGAACCCGGGUGCUAACAGCCUUGAGAAACGGAACUGUCCCCGGCUCUUACGAGAGACAGUGGCCUGUGCAAAGUGAAUUUGUAAAACUGCUGACUAGCUCUGAAUGUUCAGAACGCCCAUCGGCUUCUCAGAUGUUGGAAAGUCAACUUUUCCAUCAAAAGGAGAAUAUUGUACAGGAUCUUCAAAAGAAAGUGCUGGAUCUGGAGGAGGAAAAUGAGAGGCUGAAGAAGAGUUUGCAGAAAUUACAGCUACAAUUUUCAGGAACUGAGGAAAGUCCGGUCUCCUGAGUCCUGUUUUAUUUGCCCCAUUGGACAGAAUGAUUAUAUCUGCUAGAUUAUCUUUCAAAGUAUUAAUGUAAAAUAAAAUGUAUUUAUGUAUAA